ACUUCAAAGCCCACAGAGGGAACCUCGGCCAAACCGACAAGUCUGAAACCAACUGAGGCAACCAGUGUGAAGCCCACAACUUUGAAGCCCACAGAAGGAACCUCGGCCAAACCGACAACUCUGAAACCAACUGAGGCAACCAGUGUGAAGCCCACAACUUUAAAGCCCACGGAGGGAACCUCGGCCAAACCGACAACUCUGAAACCAACUGAGGCAACCAGUGUGAAGCCCACAACUUUGAAACCCACAGAGGGAACCUCGGCCAAACCGACAACUCUGAAACCAACUGAGGCAACCAGUGUGAAGCCCACAACUUUGAAGCCCACAGAGGGAACCUCGGCCAAACCGACAACUCUGAAACCAACUGAGGCAACCAGUGUGAAGCCCACAACUUUGAAGCCCACAGAGGGAACCUCGGCCAAACCGACAACUCUGAAACCAACUGAGGCAACCAGUGUGAAGCCCACAACUUUGAAGCCCACAGAGGGAACCUCGGCCAAACCGACAACUCUGAAACCAACUGAGGGAACCUCGGCCAAACCGACAACUCUGAAACCAACUGAGGCAACCAGUGUGAAGCCCACAACUUUGAAGCCCACAGAGGGAACCUCGGCCAAACCGACAACUCUGAAACCAACUGAGGCAACCAGUGUGAAGCCCACAACUUUGAAGCCCACAGAGGGAACCUCGGCCAAACCGACCACUCUGAAACCAACUGAAGCAACCAGUGUGAAGCCCACAACUUUGAAGCCCACAGAGGGAACCUCGGCCAAACCGACAACUCUGAAACCAACUGAGGCAACCAGUGUGAAGCCCACAACUUUGAAGCCCACAGAGGGAACCUCGGCCAAACCGACAACUCUGAAACCAACUGAGGCAACCAGUGUGAAGCCCACAACUUUGAAGCCCACAGAGGGAACCUCGGCCAAACCGACAACUCUGAAACCAACUGAGGCAACCACUUCAAAGCCCACAGAGGGAACCUCGGCCAAACCGACAACUUUGAAACCAACUGAGGCAACCAGUGUGAAGCCCACAACUUUGAAGCCCACAGAGGGAACCUCGGCCAAACCGACAACUUUGAAACCAACUGAGGCAACCACUUCAAAGCCCACAGAGGGAACCUCGGCCAAACCGACAACUCUGAAACCAACUGAGGCAACCAGUGUGAAGCCCACAGAAGGAACCUCGGCCAAACCGACAACUCAAAAACCAACUGAGGCAACCAGUGUGAAGCCCACAACUUUAAAGCCCACGGAGGGAACCUCGGCCAAACCGACAACUCUGAAACCAACUGAGGCAACCAGUGUGAAGCCCACAACUUUGAAGCCCACAGAGGGAACCUCGGCCAAACCGACAACUCUAAAACCAACUGAGGCAACCAGUGUGAAGCCUACAACUUUGAAGCCCACAGAGGGAACCUCGGCCAAACCGACAACUCUGAAACCAACUGAGGCAACCAGUGUGAAGCCCACAACUUUGAAGCCCACAGAGGGAACCUCGGCCAAACCGACAACUCUGAAACCAACUGAGGCAACCACUUCAAAGCCCACAGAGGGAACCUCGGCCAAGCCGACAACUCUGAAACCAACUGAGGCAACCAGUGUGAAGCCCACAACUUUGAAGCCCACAGAGGGAACCUCGGCCAAACCGACAACUCUGAAACCAACUGAGGCAACCACUUCAAAGCCCACAACUUCAAAGCCCACAGAGGGAACCUCGGCCAAGCCGACAACUCUGAAACCAACUGAGGCAACCAGUGUGAAGCCCACAACUUUGAAGCCCACAGAGGGAACCUCGGCCAAACCGACAACUCUGAAACCAACUGAGGCAACCAGUGUGAAGCCCACAACUUUGAAGCCCACAGAGGGAACCUCGGCCAAACCGACCACUCUGAAACCAACUGAGGCAACCAGUGUGAAGCCCACAACGUUGAAGCCCACAGAGGGAACCUCAGCCAAACCGACAACUCUGAAACCAACUGAGGCAACCAGUGUGAAGCCCACAACUUUGAAGCCCACAGAGGGAACCUCGGCCAAACCGACAACUCUGAAACCAACUGAGGCAACCAGUGUGAAGCCCACAACUUUAAAGCCCACAGAGGAAACCUCGGCCAAACCGACAACUCUGAAACCAACUGAGGCAACCAGUGUGAAGCCCACAACUUUGAAGCCCACAGAAGGAACCUCGGCCAAACCGACAACUCUGAAACCAACUGAGGGAACCUCGGCCAAACCGACAACUCUGAAACCAACUGAGGCAACCAGUGUGAAGCCCACAACUUUGAAGCCCACAGAGGGAACCUCGGCCAAACCGACAACUCUGAAACCAACUGAGGCAACCAGUGUGAAGCCCACAACUUUGAAGCCCACAGAGGGAACCUCGGCCAAACCGACAACUCUGAAACCAACUGAGGCAACCAGUGUGAAGCCCACAACUUUGAAGCCCACAGAAGGAACCUCGGCCAAACCGACAACUCUGAAACCAACCAGUGUGAAGCCCACAACUUUAAAGCCCACGGAGGGAACCUCGGCCAAACCGACAACUCUGAAACCAACUGAGGCAACCAGUGUGAAGCCCACAACUUUGAAGCCCACAGAGGGAACCUCGGCCAAACCGACAACUCUGAAACCAACUGCGGCAACCAGUGUGAAGCCCACAACUUUGAAGCCCACAGAGGGAACCUCGGCCAAACCGACAACUCUGAAACCAACUGAGGCAACCAGUGUGAAGCCCACAACUUUGAAGCCCACAGAGGGAACCUCGGCCAAACCGACAACUCUGAAACCAACUGAGGCAACCACUUCAAAGCCCACAGAGGGAACCUCGGCCAAACCGACAACUCUGAAACCAACUGAGGCAACCAGUGUGAAGCCCACAACUUUGAAGCCCACAGAGGGAACCUCGGCCAAACCGACAACUCUGAAACCAACUGAGGAAACCAGUGUGAAGCCCACAACUUUGAAGCCCACAGAGGGAACCUCGGCCAAACCGACAACUCUGAAACCAACUGAGGCAACCAGUGUGAAGCCCACAACUUUGAAGCCCACAGAGGGAACCUCGGCCAAACCGACAACUCUGAAACCAACUGCGGCAACCAGUGUGAAGCCCACAACUUUGAAGCCCACAGAGGGAACCUCGGCCAAACCGACAACUCUGAAACCAACUGAGGCAACCAGUGUGAAGCCCACAACUUUGAAGCCCACAGAGGGAACCUCGGCCAAACCGACAACUCUCAAACCAACUGAGGCAACCACUUCAAAGCCCACAGAGGGAACCUCGGCCAAACCGACAACUCUGAAACCAACUGAGGCAACCAGUGUGAAGCCCACAACUUUGAAGCCCACAGAGGGAACCUCGGCCAAACCGACAACUCUGAAACCAACUGAGGCAACCAGUGUGAAGCCCACAACUUUGAAGCCCACAGAGGGAACCUCGGCCAAACCGACAACUCUGAAACCAACUGAGGCAACCACUUCAAAGCCCACAGAGGGAACCUCGGCCAAACCGACAACUCUGAAACCAACUGAGGCAACCAGUGUGAAGCCCACAACUUUGAAGCCCACAGAGGGAACCUCGGCCAAACCGACAACUCUGAAACCAACUGAGGCAACCAGUGUGAAGCCCACAACUUUGAAGCCCACAGAAGGGACCUCGGCCAAACCGACAACUCUGAAACCAACUGAGGCAACCACUUCAAAGCCCACAGAGGGAACCUCGGCCAAACCGACAACUCUGAAACCAACUGAGGCAACCAGUGUGAAGCCCACAACUUUGAAGCCCACAGAGGGAACCUCGGCCAAACCGACAACUCUGAAACCAACUGAGGCAACCAGUGUGAAGCCCACAACUUUGAAGCCCACAGAGGGAACCUCGGCCAAACCGACAACUCUGAAACCAACUGAGGCAACCAGUGUGAAGCCCACAACUUUGAAGCCCACAGAGGAAACCUCGGCCAAACCGACAACUCUGAAACCAACUGAGGCAACCACUUCAAAGCCCACAGAGGGAACCUCGGCCAAACCGACAACUCUGAAACCAACUGAGGCAACCAGUGUGAAGCCCACAACUUUGAAGCCCACAGAAGGAACCUCGGCCAAACCGACAACUCUGAAACCAACUGAGGCAACCACUUCAAAGCCCACAGAGGGAACCUCGGCCAAACCGACAACUCUGAAACCAACUGAGGCAACCAGUGUGAAGCCCACAACUUUGAAGCCCACGGAGGGAACCUCGGCCAAACCGACAACUCUGAAACCAACUGAGGGAACCUCGGCCAAACCGACAACUCUGAAACCAACUGAGGCAACCAGUGUGAAGCCCACAACUUUGAAGCCCACAGAGGGAACCUCGGCCAAACCGACAACUCUGAAACCAACUGAGGCAACCAGUGUGAAGCCCACAACUUUGAAGCCCACAGAGGGAACCUCGGCCAAACCGACAACUCUGAAACCAACUGAGGGAACCUCGGCCAAACCGACAACUCUGAAACCAACUGAGGCAACCAGUGUGAAGCCCACAACUUUGAAGCCCACAGAAGGAACCUCGGCCAAACCGACAACUCUGAAACCAACUGAGGCAACCAGUGUGAAGCCCACAACUUUAAAGCCCACAGAGGGAACCUCGGCCAAACCGACAACUCUGAGACCAACUGAGGCAACCACUUCAAAGCCCACAGAGGGAACCUCGGCCAAACCGACAACUCUGAAACCAACUGAGGCAACCAGUGUGAAGCCCACAACUUUGAAGCCCACAGAGGGAACCUCGGCCAAACCGACAACUCUGAAACCAACUGAGGCAACCACUUCAAAGCCCACAGAGGGAACCUCGGCCAAACCGACAACUCUGAAACCAACUGAGGCAACCAGUGUGAAGCCCACAACUUUGAAGCCCACAGAGGGAACCUCGGCCAAACCGACAACUCUGAAACCAACUGAGGCAACCAGUGUGAAGCCCACAACUUUGAAGCCCACAGAGGGAACCUCGGCCAAACCGACAACUCUCAAACCAACUGAGGCUACCACUUCAAAGCCCACAGAGGGAACCUCUGCCAAACCGACAACUCUCAAACCAACUGAGGCAACCAGUGUGAAGCCCACAACUUUGAAGCCCACAGAGGGAACCUCGGCCAAACCGACAACUCUGAAACCAACUGAGGCAACCAGUGUGAAGCCCACAACUUUGAAGCCCACAGAGGGAACCUCGGCCAAACCGACAACCCUGAGACCAACUGAGGCAACCAGUGUGAAGCCCACAACUUUGAAGCCCACAGAAGGAACCUCGGCCAAACCGACAACUCUGAAACCAACUGAGGCAACCAGUGUGAAGCCCACAACUUUGAAGCCCACAGAGGGAACCUCGGCCAAACCGACAACUCUGAAACCAACUGAGGCAACCAGUGUGAAGCCCACAACUUUGAAGCCCACAGAGGGAACCUCGGCCAAACCGACAACUCUGAAACCAACUGAGGCAACCAGUGUGAAGCCCACAACUUUGAAGCCCACAGAGGGAACCUCGGCCAAACCGACAACUCUGAAACCAACUGAGGCAACCAGUGUGAAGCCCACAACUUUGAAGCCCACAGAGGGAACCUCGGCCAAACCGACAACUCUGAAACCAACUGAGGCAACCAGUGUGAAGCCCACAACUUUGAAGCCCACAGAGGGAACCUCGGCCAAACCGACAACUCUGAAACCAACGGAGGCUACCACUUCAAAGCCCACAGAGGGAACCUCGGCCAAACCGACAACUCUGAAACCAACUGAGGCAACCAGUGUGAAGCCCACAACUUUGAAGCCCACAGAGGGAACCUCGGCCAAACCGACAACUCUGAAACCAACUGAGGCAACCAGUGUGAAGCCCACAACUUUGAAGCCCACAGAGGGAACCUCGGCCAAACCGACAACUCUGAAACCAACUGAGGCAACCAGUGUGAAGCCCACAACUUUGAAGCCCACAGAGGGAACCUCGGCCAAACCGACAACUCUGAAACCAACUGAGGCAACCAGUGUGAAGCCCACAACUUUGAAGCCCACAGGGGGAACCUCGGCCAAACCGACAACUCUGAAACCAACUGAGGCAACCAGUGUGAAGCCCACAACUUUGAAGCCCACAGAAGGAACCUCGGCCAAACCGACAACUCUGAAACCAACUGAGGCAACCAGUGUGAAGCCCACAACUUUAAAGCCCACAGAGGGAACCUCGGCCAAACCGACAACUCUGAGACCAACUGAGGCAACCACUUCAAAGCCCACAGAGGGAACCUCGGCCAAACCGACAACUCUGAAACCAACUGAGGCAACCAGUGUGAAGCCCACAACUUUGAAGCCCACAGAGGGAACCUCGGCCAAACCGACAACUCUGAAACCAACUGAGGCAACCAGUGUGAAGCCCACAACUUUGAAGCCCACAGACGGAACCUCGGCCAAACCGACAACUCUGAAACCAACUGAGGCAACCACUUCAAAGCCCACAGAGGGAACCUCGGCCAAACCGACAACUCUGAAACCAACUGAGGCAACCAGUGUGAAGCCCACAACUUUGAAGCCCACAGAGGGAACCUCGGCCAAACCGACAACUCUGAAACCAACUGAGGCUACCACUUCAAAGCCCACAGAGGGAACCUCGGCCAAACCGACAACUCUGAAACCAACUGAGGCAACCAGUGUGAAGCCCACAACUUUGAAGCCCACAGAGGGAACCUCGGCCAAACCGACAACUCUCAAACCAACUGAGGCAACCAGUGUGAAGCCCACAACUUUGAAGCCCACAGAGGGAACCUCGGCCAAACCGACAACUCUGAAACCAACUGAGGCAACCAGUGUGAAGCCCACAGAGGGAACCACGGCCAAACCGACAACUCUGAAACCAACUGAGGCAACCAGUGUGAAGCCCACAACUUUGAAGCCCACAGAGGGAACCUCGGCCAAACCGACAACUCUCAAACCAACUGAGGCUACCACUUCAAAGCCCACAGAGGGAACCUCUGCCAAACCGACAACUCUCAAACCAACUGAGGCAACCAGUGUGAAGCCCACAACUUUGAAGCCCACAGAGGGAACCUCGGCCAAACCGACAACUCUGAAACCAACUGAGGCAACCAGUGUGAAGCCCACAACUUUGAAGCCCACAGAGGGAACCUCGGCCAAACCGACAACCCUGAGACCAACUGAGGCAACCAGUGUGAAGCCCACAACUUUGAAGCCCACAGAAGGAACCUCGGCCAAACCGACAACUCUGAAACCAACUGAGGCAACCAGUGUGAAGCCCACAACUUUGAAGCCCACAGAGGGAACCUCGGCCAAACCGACAACUCUGAAACCAACUGAGGCAACCAGUGUGAAGCCCACAACUUUGAAGCCCACAGAGGGAACCUCGGCCAAACCGACAACUCUGAAACCAACUGAGGCAACCAGUGUGAAGCCCACAACUUUGAAGCCCACAGAGGGAACCUCGGCCAAACCGACAACUCUGAAACCAACUGAGGCAACCAGUGUGAAGCCCACAACUUUGAAGCCCACAGAGGGAACCUCGGCCAAACCGACAACUCUGAAACCAACUGAGGCAACCAGUGUGAAGCCCACAACUUUGAAGCCCACAGAGGGAACCUCGGCCAAACCGACAACUCUGAAACCAACUGAGGCAACCAGUGUGAAGCCCACAACUUUGAAGCCCACAGAGGGAACCUCGGCCAAACCGACAACUCUGAAACCAACUGAGGCAACCAGUGUGAAGCCCACAACUUUGAAGCCCACAGAGGGAACCUCGGCCAAACCGACAACUCUGAAACCAACUGAGGCAACCAGUGUGAAGCCCACAACUUUGAAGCCCACAGAGGGAACCUCGGCCAAACCGACAACUCUGAAACCAACUGAGGCUACCACUUCAAAGCCCACAGAGGGAACCUCGGCCAAACCGACAACUCUGAAACCAACUGAGGCAACCAGUGUGAAGCCCACAACUUUGAAGCCCACAGAGGGAACCUCGGCCAAACCGACAACUCUGAAACCAACUGAGGCAACCAGUGUGAAGCCCACAACUUUGAAGCCCACAGAGGGAACCUCGGCCAAACCGACAACUCUGAAACCAACUGAGGCAACCAGUGUGAAGCCCACAACUUUGAAGCCCACAGAGGGAACCUCGGCCAAACCGACAACUCAGAAACCAACUGAGGGAACCUCGGCCAAACCGACAACUCUGAAACCAACUGAGGCAACCAGUGAGAAGCCCACAACUUUGAAGCCCACAGAGGGAACCUCGGCCAAACCGACAACUCUGAAACCAACUGAGGCAACCAGUGUGAAGCCCACAACUUUGAAGCCCACAGAGGGAACCUCGGCCAAACCGACAACUCUGAAACCAACUGAGGCAACCAGUGUGAAGCCCACAACUUUGAAGCCCACAGAGGGAACCUCGGCCAAACCGACAACUCUGAAACCAACUGAGGCAACCAGUGUGAAGCCCACAACUUUGAAGCCCACAGAGGGAACCUCGGCCAAACCGACAACUCUGAAACCAACUGAGGCAACCAGUGUGAAGCCCACAACUUUGAAGCCCACAGAGGGAACCUCGGCCAAACCGACAACUCUGAAACCAACUGAGGCUACCACUUCAAAGCCCACAGAGGGAACCUCGGCCAAACCGACAACUCUGAAACCAACUGAGGCAACCAGUGUGAAGCCCACAACUUUGAAGCCCACAGAGGGAACCUCGGCCAAACCGACAACUCUGAAACCAACUGAGGCAACCAGUGUGAAGCCCACAACUUUGAAGCCCACAGAGGGAACCUCGGCCAAACCGACAACUCUGAAACCAACUGAGGCAACCAGUGUGAAGCCCACAACUUUGAAGCCCACAGAGGGAACCUCGGCCAAACCGACAACUCUGAAACCAACUGAGGCAACCAGUGUGAAGCCCACAACUUUGAAGCCCACAGAGGGAACCUCGGCCAAACCGACAACUCUGAAACCAACUGAGGCAACCAGUGUGAAGCCCACAACUUUGAAGCCCACAGAAGGAACCUCGGCCAAACCGACAACUCUGAAACCAACUGAGGCAACCACUUCAAAGCCCACAGAGGGAACCUCGGCCAAACCGACAACUUUGAAACCAACUGAGGCAACCAGUGUGAAGCCCACAACUUUGAAGCCCACAGAAGGAACCUCGGCCAAACCGACAACUCUGAAACCAACUGAGGCAACCAGUGUGAAGCCCACAACUUUGAAGCCCACAGAGGGAACCUCGGCCAAACCGACAACUCUGAAACCAACUGAGGAAACCAGUGUGAAGCCCACAACUUUGAAGCCCACAGAGGGAACCUCGGCCAAACCGACAACUCUGAAACCAACUGAGGCAACCAGUGUGAAGCCCACAACUUUGAAGCCCACAGAGGGAACCUCGGCCAAACCGACAACUCUGAAACCAACUGAGGCAACCAGUGUGAAGCCCACAACUUUGAAGCCCACAGAGGGAACCUCGGCCAAACCGACAACUCUGAAACCAACUGAGGCAACCAGUGUGAAGCCCACAACUUUGAAGCCCACAGAGGGAACCUCGGCCAAACCGACAACUCAGAAACCAACUAAGGCAACCACUUCAAAGCCCACAGAGGGAACCUCGGCCAAACCGACAACUCUGAAACCAACUGAGGCAACCAGUGUGAAGCCCACAACUUUGAAGCCCACAGAGGGAACCUCGGCCAAACCGACAACUCAGAAACCAACUGAGGCAACCAGUGUGAAGCCCACAACUUUGAAGCCCACAGAAGGAACCUCGGCCAAACCGACAACUCUGAAACCAACUGAGGCAACCAGUGUGAAGCCCACAACUUUGAAGCCCACAGAGGGAACCUCGGCCAAACCGACAACUCAGAAACCAACUGAGGCAACCAGUGUGAAGCCCACAACUUUGAAGCCCACAGAAGGAACCUCGGCCAAACCGACAACUCUGAAACCAACUGAGGCAACCAGUGUGAAGCCCACAACUUUGAAGCCCACAGAGGGAACCUCGGCCAAACCGACAACUCUGAAACCAACUGAGGCUACCACUUCAAAGAGAACUUCACAAAGGACAACAACCAUUAGGCCCACAACCAAGAGGACGUCUACUGAGUCUGGUAGCACGACCGAAACUCUUCCACCGUUCAAUAUAUUUGAUGUGGUAUCUGGUUCGCCAUUACCAUCAACCACGACCGAUGUUUAGUACGAGACUCGGAUCUCAAAAUAUUCCUAUAGUAUUGAUAAGCUUUUUGAAAUUAGUUCAUGUACAUUUGUAUUCUAAUAAACACUCAACAACCGUA